AUGCGCGACGCAUCCGCCACCCCGCCCUGCCGGCUGAUCCCUCUCUUCUCCCGCCGGGAUCUGGUCCCUGCUGCGCCAUUGGGCUUGCUCCGGAUUCGCGAGGAAGGGGGUUUCCGGAGGAGCCACCGGAGCGCCAGCGAUACCCUGCCUUGGCGUCACGCAGAUGGAGCAGUCACCAAGCGCGUGAAGGACGAAGUGGCCGACUCACUGGACCCGCCGCCGGCCGUGGAGCCUCGCACUGUCCAGAUGAGCAGAGAGGAGCAAUUCGUGUGGCCGUGGAUGGGGGUGCUGGCCAACGUGCCCACGGAGUGGAGAGGCGGGCGGCAGAUCGGGGAGAGCGGGAACCGGCUCAAGGAGCGGCUCGCCGCCUUCUGCCCGCACAAGGUCGUCCCUUUGUGGAGCCACAGAGGCCACACGGGGAACGCCAUCGUCGAGUUCGGGAAGGACUACGCCUCUCUCCGCAACGCCUUCAGCUUCGAAAACCACUUCGAGGCGCAGGGCCACGGCAGACGGGGCUGGGAGGCGAGCAGGUGCCGAGGUGGGCCGAAGAUGUUCGGGUGGGUUGCCAGGGCCGACGAUCGACGGACGCCGGGGCUGGUCGUGGAGUACCUGCAGAGGAAUGCCGACGUGAAGUCUGUUGCAGAGCUUGAGAGCGAGGGGACGCGCAAGACUGACAAGCUGGUGGCCAAUUUGGCCAGCCAGAUUGAUGUGAAGGCCAAGCAUGCCCAGGAGCUCGAAUCUAAGUACAGUGUGAAGACGACCUCACUUGAGAACGUGAUGGAGGAAAGGGAACUCAUCUUCCAGAGAUACAGCGAUGGUCUGUUAUUAUGCUUUCAAACUCUUGCUGUUUACAUGCUCUAUGACACUACGGAGAAUCAGAAGGUCCGUUCGGAGCUGGAUUGCAAGAUGCAGGAUCUUGAGCUCAAAUCCAAGAAGCUUGAUGAGCUUGCUGUGCGUAGCGAAUCUGACAGAAGGAAUCUAGAGAAGGAGAAGGAAAAGGCGUGUCUUGCUUUGAUUGUAGCACACAUAAACAGUUUUCGUUCGCCGUGUUUUUGCUGUACUUUGGCUCAGACAGCAUCUGGAGAGUAUGAAUGCUUUGCCAGCACAAGGUCGUGGGCGCCAAGUUCUGAGGAAAUCCUCCAUGAGGACGACGAGAAGCUGCGGGAGCUGAAGGAGAAGUACCGCGAGGAGGUGUACGCCCUGGUGAGGAAGGCGCUGCUGGAGGUGCACGAGUACAACCCGAGCGGGCGCUACUCGGUGCCGGAGCUGUGGAUCUUCAAGGAGAACCGGAAGGCGACGCUCAGGGAGGUGGUGGAGUUCAUCCUCAAGCAGUGGCGCGCACUCAAGAAGAGGAAGCGCUGAGCCGAGCAUGCUGCUGCGACUGAAGCAGAGUAGUGAACUACUGAACCUUGAGCAGCUGCUGCUGCACUGAUGUCCCCUGUUGUCGUCUGAUGAACAGUUUAGACCUGAUAGUGACUGAAGCAGAGCAGUGAACUGAACCUUGACCUCCUGCGCUGAUGCCGUCUGUCUGUUGUCUCAUGAACGGUUGGAUGGUUAUCGGAGUUUGGUGCCCGGAUUAUUAUUCAGCGUUGACAUGAAUGCUGCUAAUUUGAGACCGAGAACUGCCAUUUUAGGACCA